AUGAGAAUUGUGGUAGAAAGAUAUUCAUUUUUAUCUGAUUCUUUGCCAAUAACAGCUGAACAAAUAGUAAUUUUACAAAAUUAUUCAAAAUCAUUGGCCUCCAAAGCUAAAAUGGAACCAAUAACUCAACUGUUAAAAGGCAUGAUUUAGGUUGAAAAUUAUACUGUUGACAAAAGAUCUUCUAUACAUCUUUUUGCAUUAUGCACUAUUAUAUUCGGGGUUAUCCCUGUUCUCAUGUAUUAGAGCCUUCAAGAAAAGAGUUGA